AUGUCGACCUGGAGAGGUGCUUCCUCUAGCGGUAGGGCUGGCUUCGCGCCUCGAGGUGGUCGAGGUGGUGGUCGAAGCGGACGAGGCGGACGGCAGAGUGCUCCACAGCCCGAUAUUGUCAAGCAUCCUCUUGGGAAUUUGGUUGCUAAAAUCACUAGUAAAGAUAUCGAUCUUACCGCUUCAGGUGAUACCCUUUCUGCGACCGCUGUUAUCACCGAUUGUGAAUAUGUUGCAUCCUACAAUUGGAUGAAUGAGAGCGCUUCAACUAUCAUGGCACCUGGAAAACCUCCAUUGUGGACACCUCUCUCGGUGCCGCGUCAGUUAGAUGAAGACAGUGGCGAUUUCUACCGAGAUCCAAAUGCUGCUAGGUUUCCAUCGUAUCCCAUUGAACCCGCCGUUCAGGCUAUAUUCAGAGUCGACACUGCUUUUUCAACAUCCGAGAUUGACGUCUUCGCCUGUGGUAGUACCCUGGGCAACCUCCUUCGUUUCGCUCGACAUGAUGAUAAACCCUUCCGCUUCACGGUUGAGCUGAUCGGAAACACUGUCUUCUUCGUCCGUAAAGAGGGAUCCCCAACUGAACUUAUCACCGGGGUGCGAGGAUUCGGACAUACGUUCCCGGAGGCGUAUACGACUUGGGAGUCGGAUGUCAAGGGUUCUGAGACGCAUCAACGAAUUGUGCAAUACAAAUUCGGCGGACUCGGAUUCUUACUGCGCUUCGAAUGCGAUGGUUAUUUUAAUACCGCCCGACCGCGAAAAUCAAUCCGUAAGGGGGAUGACGACCUAGCUCAAGCCUUGAAAGCGGUAUCAGUCAGUCAGUCCCUCCCAAAGCAGAAUAACACUCUCAACAUCAAAACCGGCGGGUCCGAAGUUCCCCAGUCUUCGAUUUUCGACCUCAAGACUCGUUCAGGAAAGCAUGCUCAAUCAAUAGAUAUGGAACAGAUCCUCCCUCUACUUUACCUCAAGCAAAUUCCCAACUUUAUCGUCGCGUACCACAAUGGCGCUGGUCUUUUUCCGACAAAAGACAUCAAAGUUGAGAACUAUGAGAAGAAAAUCCGGCAGUGGGAAAUUGACAACAAGUCUGCAUUGGAAAGAUUUUCUGUUCUCCUACGCAAGAUCAUCGAGGUUGUAAAGAUGGAUGAGUGCGGACGGCUCGAGAUUUAUCGCCCUUCCCUUGAUUAUCUUGAGAUUCGCAAGCAGCAUGGGGAUGAGUCGCAUGUAUUGCCCUUGUCUUUAAGACAGGAAUGGGAAAAUGCAGGUUUACAAGUCGCGGACGAGCCCGACUCCGAUCAAGAGUCAUUGCAAGAGAGCGAAGGGGUUCACCUACCCCGUGGUUACUACAACUACAAUCUCGACAGUGAUUCCGACGAUGAUGACGCCAAAGAUUUCACAGCUUGUUCUGCGGAUGACUGUGGGUACUGCGGGAGAUGCACUUACUGA